AAAUUUGUUAAGGAUUUGGGACCUGCAGGUACUGCUACAGCUGCAUGUGCUGCAGCUGCAGAGGUCUUGCCUGUUGCUGCUGAACAAGAUGGAGAGAGCUUCUUUACAGAGUGCAGUAUGCUAAAGCACGUACUGUUGCCUAGAAGAAGAGCGAAGAUUUCCAUUGUGUGGAACUUCUUCCAUAUUGAUCCUUCGUUUACCUGGUAUGCCAUCCUGAGCAUGUGUUUAAGGAGAAAAAAAAAAAAAAAAAAAAAGAACAAAAAGGCAUUGACCAUGACAAGCCAGGUACUCGCCUGGGGACAUUAUGUCAGUCGAGGCGGGCCAGGGGCUCGCUGUGGCACUUCCGUGCUGCAGCACCACUUGCAGGUCAUGCACCCUAUACACUGGGCUGGGAUAUGCUUUUUUUUUUUUCCAACACCAACUUUUCAGAAGUUAAUACAGAUUGUGGCACUAAGCAAUCAGUUGCCUUCUAGGACAUACUUUUCCACAAAAGUGAUUGUGGAAGGUUUUGGAGAAAGCAGAAUGCAUAAAAAUGCAUUUGGCAAUCUAAAAAUUCUACAAGCAGCGAGUGUCCCACAAGAAGUGAAUUACCAAAUUGGUGUGUGGCUUCCCAAUUCCCUCACCCCUUGCUUUGUAGCUUUGGACAAUAUUGUGACGACAGCUGGCACUGUUGUCAGUGUCAUGUUUUACAUAUGUUUUAGAUUUAGUGAUUUAAACUUCCUCGAGACUUGCUAUCACCUUGCUCGUUCUGCUAAGGCCCAUCAAAUUCUGCAGGAAUUCCAGCAUGCAAGCCAUCUUCCACAGGAUCUCUUGGAGCAGGAAAUAGCCGCUCAGUGGAGGUACCUUUUAUGUGUUAAAGCAACUUCAGAACAGCAGAAGGCAGAGCACAACUACUGUGUGCAGCCUCCUCCUGGGAGGGUGGAUGGGACUAUUCUCAACUCAUUCCAGAGGUCCCUGAUGUCACAUGGGUGUGACGUUCUUGAGCCAUUUGUUUGCGGAGACCACCUGGAACUGCACACGUGCACUGCAGGUCUUGCUCAAGUGCUGCUGUCCUCGAUUCACCUCCUCCUCCUGACUUUGCAGAGUGUGUGGAGCGACUCAAAUCAAAGGUGCCCCCUGUAGCUCUUGGACUGGGAGAUGAUUUGUCUUAGUCUUGAAACCGAUUCUCUGCCGAGUUGCGUGCUCAGAUCUGAACGCUUCACCUUGGCCACCUUAUUAGAUCCUGGCUUUAAAGGUAGUUUUGAAGAAUUUCUUCUUCUAGGUUUUGAAGUGUUAAGCUAUAGAGAAAUCUGUACCUUAAAGUGGCUCAUCUUCAGAGUUGUUCCAGGCAGCAAGAGGCUGUUGUGGCGCUUGGCUGUGGCAACAGUAGAAUUCUCAGAGGUCACAAUAAAAGGAGUGGGUGGUGAGUGCUGUGUUGUCCCCUGUCCCUCCCCGCCCUCUCCAGUUUCUGAACGAGCACCUAGUCUAGGUUUAGAUACUAUAGAACAGCUAGAACUCAUUAAAACAAAUGUAAAGAGUAUUAAUGAUGACUAUUCUACUCUUGGCUUUAGACUUUGAUACAGAGGA